AUGUCUGAGGAGCCAACACCCAAAAAAGCCAAACUGGAUUGGGGUUUGACUGACCCUUCAGAACCACUAACGCGGAAAGAUGUGAUAGCGUUCCAGAAGGAAGCUCUGUUUAGGGCGAUCAACAAACACAGAUGUCGGGAGAAGAGCUUGGAAAAGCAGUUAGAAACUGGUGAACUACAAAGUGCCGAGCUUAGAGAGCAGUACGCCAGCCUUUAUGCAAUGAUUACGGCGCUCGCUGGCAAAGUGCUCACUUUGAGCAAGGAAGAUCUGGAAGCGCAGAAGCUGUGCGGUGCUAUUCUUGAAGGGGGCAAUAAAGAAGUCCCUGGACUGGCAGCAGACUUCACGGCACUUGUGGAGAAACACAUAUCUCAUGACGCGGCUUCGCCGCGACAAGACUCCGAAGAAGUCACCUGGAACAAACAGCUCCAUCAACUUGAGGCCACAAAAGCCGAGCUCUCUGCGCACAACAGGCAGUUAAAGAAGGAGAUAUCCGCAAUAAGAGAGCAUUAUCAAGACCUGAUACGCAGGUAUGAUAGGGAGGAUAGUGACACAGUGCGGAGGGUGUUCAAGCUGCAAGAAUCUCCUGGAGAAAGUUCCGCUAAAGAGGUAGCCGAGAUCUCACCAGCUAACCAAAGCGAAGUGGCAAAUGCAAUGACUGGUGACGAGAAGGAGGAAGCUGUGUCAAAAAUGGAACAUGAAUUGCAGAUACAGGAUCUCAACAAUCAGAUAGAAUCCUUGAAGCAAACCCUAAAAGAUCUGGAGAGCUGGAAAGCCAGCUCGGAAACUGAGAUUGCGAAAUUGCGGACAGAGCUUGCAUCUAACAGCAGCGCAUGUGAACAAACAAGCCGCAGUAUUCAGAACGACAGAGAAACGCUGUUACAUAAACUUGACCUCGUCACCAAAGAGAACGCUGAGUUGGCACAAGCUAAUGACCUAUACUUAUCGAAAUUUCAGCAAAUGGUUCAAGACAAAGAGAUUUUUACAAAUAAGCUAUCACUGGAAUUCCAGACAGCACAGGAUGCUUUAAAAAAGCAUAAUGCGAUGCUAGAAAAGGACUUGGUUAGAAUAAGAGCAACUAGGGAUGAGCUAACAAGUCGAAUCGCCAUUCUUGAAAGUCAAAAACCAAAAUCCGAGCUGUUAGCAGACUUGCAAAAGGUGCUGGACCUACAAAAAGAGCGCAUUGAAAAAAUGGAGAACAAGCCCGUGGAAACAACUAACGAUGCUGUGAUGAAAGAGCUCCAGGAUUUGGAGCGAGCUUUUAAGGAAUUGACGCAGCUUGCACACAAGAAGUACUCUGACCAUAUAAGCCAAGAGUCAAUCGUCUCGAAGCUAACAGUCGAAAAGACAAAAGCAGACCAGAAAUACUUCACGGCAAUGAGAUCAAAGGACUCGAUUUUAAUAGAGAACAAGAACUUGUCCAAGAACUUGCACAAAUCCAAUGAGCUGAUAAAUCAGUUAAAAGAGAUUGAACGCACUCUGCAGAGCAAAGUCGAAAGUCUUAACAAACAAAUCCACCUCUCCCAAUCCAAUGAAAAACGACUAAUGGAAUCAAGUAAAGCAGUCUCGCUUAAAAUCAUGGAUCUCACUUCGGAGCUGGGAAAAACUAAAAAGGUCGUAGAGUCCCUGCAGGGCGAAAGGGCCAAACACAUCGAGCAAGAUACUCGUCUAGAAUCUAACAUUCACUCUUUGCAGUCUCAAAACAGCGCUUUGAAACUUCAGCUUUCGCAGGCCGAAAACAAGGCCAAAAAGUUGCAUAAAUCUCUCAUCUCCAAUGGCGGGGACAACAGCAUAAUAGCUGAGGAGCUUGACAACUUUAGAACUAUCGUCUAUUGUUCCCUAUGCUCCAAAAACUGGAAAAACACAGCUAUAAAGAAUUGUGGUCACGUUUUCUGUGAAGAGUGUUGUAAAGAGCGGUUAGCUGCUAGAAUGCGCAAGUGUCCCACAUGCAACAAACCUUUCGGCUCUGCUGACCUUCUGGUGGUACAUUUAUAG